AUGCUCAUUUUAAUAGUAGCCUUCCUUUUGACAAUCCUUGGGGUAAACGCUAUACCCUAUAGGCUUUUUAGUCGUCAAGAAAACUCAAUCUACGGUAAAAAUGCAACAUCUUAUGGACCUCAAACUUAUGGUCAAUCAACAUUUCCAGCACCUUCCAAUCCCGCUGAGGUUAGCGCUGAUCAAAUAUUAUUCCAAAACCUUCUCGCAGCAGAAUGGAUUGUUGAUAGCAUGUAUACCUCCGGUUUAGCAUUUUUUACUCAAUCUGAUUUCACUUCUGCUGGUUAUCCAAACAAUACCUAUGAUCAACUUCAAUCUGUCUACCAAAACGAAAAUGGUCAUUUGAAGCUGUUUGAACGUGCAAUUGAUUCAAAUGUUGUUAAACCAGGUCGCUGCAAUUAUUCGUAUGGUUUUGAGCAUAUCGCCAACAAAACCGAAGCCGUUCGAGUGUAUAUGAAUAUCGUCUCCGAAGUUGAGAUUGGCUCAAUGGCAUAUUUGACAGGCCUAGCCCAUCAAGCCGAAGAAGUUGAAACUUUAUACACAAUCAUGGGUACAAUUUCCGCUGAAACAAGGCAUUUGACUUAUGUAAACGGACAGGUUCUGAAUGUAGGAGAUUUUGUUGGUCCUACGGAUACGAUCUAUCCUUUUCCCUUGCAGCUUUUAUCGGUAACGAAACAGUUUAUCGUACCAAACAGUUGUCCAGCGGAAAACCCACCUUACCCUUCACCGGAUCAAGAUUUGCCAAAACUCUCAAUCGACAUCAAGAAAUCGAAGAUUCAAAGUAAGAAUGGUAGUCUUACCCUUACUGCUGAUUUGAAGGAUACUCAAUCGAAGAACGACCUUUCUGUUAUCUUUUUCCAAAGUGUGUUCAAUUAUACAGAACGGGCUACAUCCUUAGGAAACAACAUUUUCCAAGUCAGUAUUCCAAAUUUGACGAGCGAUAAAGGCAAUUUGAUCGUAGCUCUUUCCAAUACUUCUGACGUUACAAAGAAGGAAGACAUUGUUGCCGGACCUUUGGAGAUUCAACUUGGUGUGCCUUUCCUGGGGUAG